GUUACAUUUUUCAUAACUACAUAAUCACUAUCCGUUCCACCCUUUUCUCCCGACCUUUCUUCAAUCCGUUAAACCCUUCCACAAAAUUAGGGUUUGUCUUCGUCUUCCACUCCUUGGUGGAUUGUUAUGAAACGAUGAAUUUGAUUUUUAAAUCAUUGACAAGAAUCGAAUGCUCUCCUUUUUUCCACUCGAAAGCUUUCGAAAUCCCAACCAGAAAUCGAAUUAACCCUCAGCAAAUCCGUUUCUACCCCAAAGCAGUCUCCGGAAGUGGCGGAAAGAAACAAAGAGCCAAGGCGCCGCCGAAAACGCCGGAGGCGGUGACGUCUCGUCCAAAUGAGAUAGCUUACGAGAAGGAAGCAGCGAAUUGGGUGAAUCUGAUAGGGUAUGUGGAUCAACCGGUCCAAUUCGAGGCUUCUUCUGAUGGUAAAUGCUGGGCAGGCACUGUUAUCUCCCAGAGGUCUGCUUCAGAUUCCUCCUCUGCUUUCUGGAUUCCGAUAAUAUUUGAAGGUGAUUUAGCGAAAACAGCAGAACGAUAUAUAAGUAAAGAUGAUCUUAUCCAUGUUUCUGGCAAGCUUUUUAUUGAUUCUCCUCCUCCGAAUAUGACUUAUGCUCAGUCCAAUGUCCAGGUAUUGGUACAGAAUCUUAGCUUUGUGCAGCCUUCUUCUCCGCCUCUGGUUAUUUCAUCAUCUAAAAAGGAAGAAAAUGGCGUUAAGAAGCAGCCUAGCUCACCGCCUGUGGUUAUAUCAUCAUCUGAAAAGGAAGAAAGUGACAUUAAGAAGCGGCCUGCUAGAGAUAAGAAGAAUAUAGUUAUGGAUGAAGCUUCUGAUUCGUGGAAUCACCUCAUUGAAAAUCCUAAAGAAUGGUGGGAUCACCGCGAAAAUAAAGCUAAUGGAUUGGUAAAGCCAAGGCAUCCUGAUUUCAAAAGCAAGGACAGCAGUCUCUCACUGUGGCUCAAUAAGGCUCCUGCUUGGGUUUUGCCCAAACUCGAUGGACUUGAGUUUGAUAUUCUUGUCCCUAAAGGUAGAGGAGUGAAACAACUCAAAGGAGAAGAAUCAUGGAAGGAUUUGGUUGAGAAUCCGGAUAAGUGGUGGGACAAUAGAAUUGACAAGAGAAACGCAAAAGCUCCUGAUUUCAAGCACAAGGAGACAGGUGAAGCACUUUGGCUGAAUGAGUCUCCUACUUGGGUGUUAUCAAAACUGCCACCAGUCAAGAAGAGACAAGAAAUCACUGUCUCAUAGCCUUUUUAGAAAUAUUAUCCCCUUGUAAAGAGCUCCAGUUGUUACAGAAUUAAUCAUUUCUUUCUAAGUUACGCAUCAGAGUUGCUAUUAAUCUUUGGUCACUACGCUUAAUACUAACUAGCUUAAUGGA